AUGAGUACUGCCGAAGAAAACCCGGAAAUUGACUGGGGAAACGAGAGACUAACCCGCGCCCAAAGAGCGGUAGAGUCCAACAUUUAUGAUGUGGACUCCUGGUCGCUGCUCAUCAGAGAGGCACAGACGCGUAACAUCAACGAAGUUAGGACGAUGUACGAGAGGCUCAUCACAGCCUUCCCUACCACUGGACGGUAUUGGAAAAUUUACAUUGAGCAGGAGAUGAAAGCACGCAAUUUUGAAAAAGUGGAAAAGCUGUUCCAGCGUUGCCUGAUGAAGAUACUCAACAUAGAACUCUGGAGGCUGUACCUCAACUACGUAAAAGAAACCAAGUGCAUGCUGCCUACCUACAAAGAAAAGAUGGCUCAAGCUUACGAUUUCGCUCUGGACAAAAUAGGGCUGGACAUUCACGCUUACCCGAUUUGGAACGAUUAUGUCACAUUUCUGAAGAGUGUGGACGCGGUCGGGUCAUACGCAGAAAAUCAAAAGAUAUCGGCUGUUAGAAAGGUAUAUCAGAGAGCUGUGAUCACGCCUAUUAUAGGAAUUGAGACUCUAUGGAAGGACUACAUUGCGUUUGAACAAAGUAUCAAUACUAUUAUAGCGGAACGUAUGGCGAUGGAACGCUCCCGCGAGUACAUGAACGCUCGUCGCGUCGCCAAGGAGUUGGAGACGGUCACCCGAGGGCUGAACAGGAACAUGCCGGCCACACCGCCCACCGUAGAUCGUGAGGAGAUGAAGCAGGUAGAACUAUGGAAGAAGUACAUAACCUGGGAGCGAUCGAACCCACUCCGUUCGGAAGACACGGCGCUGGUGGCGCGGCGCGUCAUGUUCGCCAUAGAACAGUGCUUGCUGUGUCUCGCGCACCAUCCUGACGUGUGGCACCAGGCGGCACAGUUUCUCGACCAUUCGGCCAAACUGCUGCAGGAGAAAGGGGAUUCGAACGCAGCGCGUCUAUUCUCUGAUGAGGCGGCGGCCGUGUACGAGAGAGCCACGAGUGGUCCGCUCAAACACUCCACUUUGUUGCAUUUCGCGCAUGCUGACUAUGAAGAGAGCAGACUUCAUUACAAUAAGGUACAUCAGGUGUACACCAGAUACCUUGAUAUGGAGGACAUAGAUCCGACCCUGGCCUACGUACAAUACAUGAAAUUCGCGAGACGUGCCGAGGGCAUCAAAUCAGCUAGGACGGUGUUUAAACGUGCCAGGGAGGAUACCAGGUCGCGAUACCACGUGUUCGUGGCAGCAGCGUUGAUGGAAUACUACUGUUCCAAAGACAAGAACAUCGCAUUCAGGAUCUUCGAGCUUGGACUGAAGAAGUUUUCUCACAUACCGGAAUACGUUCUGUGCUAUAUUGACUAUUUAUCGCAUCUUAACGAGGACAACAACACCCGAGUGCUGUUCGAGCGUGUUCUCUCUUCAGGCAGCUUGAAGCCGGAGAGCUCUGUGGAUAUAUGGAACAGGUUUCUGGAGUUUGAGUCCAAUAUUGGUGACUUGGUCAGUAUUGUGAAGGUCGAGAAGCGGAGGCAGGCUGUGCUCGAAAAGAUUAAAGAGUUCGAGGGUAAAGAGACGGCGCAACUGGUCGACAGGUACAAGUUCUUGGACCUUUACCCGUGUAGUAUAGCCGAAUUGAAGUCCAUUGGAUAUACAGAGGUGGCGUCAAUGUCGAACAAAUCGUGGGCUCUCGGCGGUCCACUAGCAGGAAUAUCACCUGAACUGGCUGCAGUCAUAUUGGGACAAAAAGACAAUGACCCCAAUAAGGACAUAGCCCGACCAGACAUCAGUCAGAUGAUACCUUAUAAGCCGAAAAUGAACCCACUACCCGGCGAACACCCUAUACCUGGCGGUACAUUCCCGAUGCCCCCUGCGGCUGCGCACCUCUGCACGCUCAUGCCGCCUCCGUCGUGCUACAGGGGCCCGUUCGUGGCGGUCGACAGGCUAAUGCAGCUGUUCAACAGGAUCUCAUUGCCUGACAAACCGCCAGCGCCAACGCAAGAGAACGGGUGUGACACGAAGCUGUUCGACUUAGCACGAUCAGUACAUUGGAUAGUUGAUGACGAGGGCAUCACCACAGUAGCCAGCAAGGCCCGCAGAAGGAAAGCGGGAGACGAUUCCGACGACGACGAGCUUGGGGUGGCGCCUCCAGUCAACGAUAUUUACCGCCAAAGGCAGCAGAAACGCGUCAAGUAAACCAUUUUAUACAUGAAAACAAUGAAUUAAGAAUAUGAUUUUAUAUGAA